CCCUUUCCGCUCCAGGCAGCCAGCGAAUCCUCCGGGGCUGAGGUCGGGUUGUAUCUGCUCCUGGAGGUAGUGCUCAGGGAGGCUGGGAACCUGGGGGACACCGAGGAAGUGACACAGCCGAGAAGAGUACGGCGGGGAAGAGUCCCAUCCCGAGGAGGCAGACGCCCCGCAGGAGAUGGAGGCGGAGAAGCCACAGCCGGUGCUGCGCUCCGUGAAUUCAUGCGAGCCGUCCCAGGUCAUCUUCUGCAACCGCAGCCCGCGCGUCGUGCUUCCCGUGUGGCUCAGUUUCGACGGCCAGCCUCUCCCCUAUCCCACCCUGCCGCCAGGCACCGGCCGUCACAUCCAAAGCUACCGAGGUCACCUUUGGCUCUUCCGAGAUGCUGGGACCUAUGAUGGGCUUCUGGUUAACCAGACGGAACUAUUUGUGCCCUCUCUCAAUGUGGAUGGACAGCCUAUUUUUGCCAACAUCACACUACCAGUGUAUACCCUAAAAGAGCGAUGCCUUCAGGUUGUGCGAAGCCUAGUCAAGCCUGAGGAUUACAGGAGACUGGACAUUGCGAGGUCACUCUAUGAAGAUCUGGAAGACCACCCGAAUGUGAGAAAAGACCUGGAGCGGCUGACACAGGAGCAUAUUGAAAAUCAGCAGAUGGCGGAUGAGACUGAAGGUUUUAAUUUGCCCUCCUGAGCCUUUGCUUUUGAUGGAACUGACUACUCUUGAUCUAGAUAUAGGACUGGUCACUUAUUCUCGGUUUCAGGUGUCUCAUUCUUACAGUAAAAUAAUGCUUCUUGCUUAAAAGAAAGUUAACUGAUUUCACUAGGUAUGGUGAUGAUUAGGGGCAAGUAAGUGUGUAUAAAGGAAAGUACUUGUAUUUGCCUCUUAGUCAGGAGAGUUUCUGUGUAAGAACCGUUGUGUAAGUAAAUCAGUGAGAAGUGCAGCAUAUCCUUUGAUUGUAAGAGAGCAGUGGCAUCUGCUUUAAUUGCUGUACUGUGGUUGGUGACGUGUCCACCUGCCGCCUGAGAAGACUGAGAUGUCCUUGAGGCAGGAACAAACCUGUCUCCUCUUUGAGACCCCAGUGCCUCUCACACUGUGAGCCUUCACCAGUGAUUGUUGAACGAACAAACCAGUGGGUACUUUGGUAGGAAGUGUUGGAGGAUUUGCCCAUUUUUCAGGGGGGUGAGAAACAAGGGACCUUAGAGUGUGCACAGCAAAUAAACGUUUUAAAGGGAAUCAUUUUGUGCUUGCUUCGGCAGCACGUGUACUGAAAUGUGAGCGACCGGAGAAGACACACAGCUUCAUGAAGCGCUCCGUGCUUUGUGCCCUGGCCCCCUGGGCGUCCUCACACCCUCUGCUGGGCCGGAAGAAACACGCGUCCAAGCACAGCGUGUGGCACUCAGUAGCAAAAUCGUGACUUUUCACUAUACAAUGUGAAAAGGGUUACUUCUGGUUGGUUUGUUUGGACAAAGUUGAGGUUAUACUGUACGUACAGUUUUGUAUUCUGUUUAACUUUGUAACUUAAAUAUCUUCUCAUGGCAUCUUUAUCAGCUCUCCAUAAACAUUAGCACAAUGUUUCUUUUGUGAAUAAUGUUGGGAUAUUUCUUGGCAUCUUUGGCCCCUCGUGCUAACCUUCGGGCUCAGGAACCAGUGCCCCACGGCUGUCUUGUUACUGCCUCACGUUUCACCCAGUCUGGUUCCCUUCUCCACAGUCAGCAAACUGGUUGGCUCUUUCUUGUUUUAAAGCACAUUGUAGUACUCAUUCAGUGGUAUACCUCUAACUGUCUAAAUUUUUGUGUCAAAUAGUUGGGCAGGGAAGAAGAAAUGCUGGUACAGGAGGCAGCUGUCCGAGUUCCGGAGUGGGGUAGGCUGGGGAUUAUGAAGUCUGCUGGUGCUGGAUUAGUUCAGUGUUGGUUUUACUUUAUUUUGAUCAGUCUUUGUGUCAAAAUGAGAUUUCAUGUUCUUGUUAAAACAUGCAGUUUGAGCACUGUUUUUGUGUUGGCCAAGAAAGAUUGAAAACCUGUAGCAUGAUAAUAUGUUUUUCACUUGAAGUCUUAUAAAUAUAUUAAA